CUUGACCUUGCAUCGAUGUGUGUUUCCGAUCACAUGAUUUGUCAACGUAUAGCAUUGUUAACUUGCAUAUAAGGUUUCAAUGUCUAAUGCCUGCGGAGUUUAUUGAUCGUUAAAUCGUAUGCCCCUUGCCUAGUAAAGUUCAGUCCACAGGACCACAGGCAUGAGCUCUUCUUUACAGAAACAGUUGUAUUAUAAAGAAAUGGCUGAAAAGUACUCACGACUGAAUGAUUUCCAACUCUUUUAUGGUAAGAAACUAGUAGACACAUUGGACAUUGCGCUUGGAGAUAAAGUUCUUGAUGUCGGUUGUGGUACUGGAGAAAUCACAGCUUAUAUCGCUGACACAGUAAAGGAAGAUGGUUUAUGUGUUGGUUUUGAUCCUGACAAGUAUCGUAUUGAAGUUGCGAUGGAAAAGCAUCUUCCUGCUCGGACAAACAUUAUUUUCUUUCACGGCGAUAGCUCCUCUAAAUUUCCUCAUGCUAAUGAAGAAUUUUAUGACUACGUAUUUUGUUCGUCAGUGUUGCAGUGGAUGAGCGAACACGAGAAGAUAACAUUUAUGAAGACUGUAUAUUCAUCUUUAAGACCUGGAGGGAAAUUGGGUGUCAUAAGUUCGGAUGCAAAUUUGAAAAUUGUUAAAUGCACUCAAGAGUUAGUUGCUGAUUCCGAUAUAAAGUCUAGCCGCUGUCCUUUUAAGCAAAUCACCAAACUUAAUGCUGAAGAAAUGCUUUGCAAAAAUGGUUUUUUAAUACUAUCUGACAAAUAUUUUGACUAUUCAUACUUGUUUAAAACGUCAGAUCUUUAUUUAAGCUGGUUCUGCGCUUCUACCUAUUUAGAUAAACAAAAGUUUUUGCCUGAAAAGGUCGAGAAUUUUAUUCAGCAUUUUCAAAAUGAAGAUGGAACGAUCCCCUUUGAAGUUACGAUGUAUGAAAUACUUGCAAUCAAACCAUAUAGAUCUUGAUGUAUUCAAUAAUGCGUAACAAGUAAAUUUACUCUUUCAUGAAGUUUAUUGGUAGCUUGGUUCACCAAACCUCACCCCUCUAUGGGUAGUGUAAAAUGGCUUUCAACAAAGAUGUUUACAUAAUACAGAAACUAUGUAAUAAACUAAUAAAGAGAAAAGGGUAUAGAGACAAUUCAAUCUAGUAACACUGAUAAUAAGGCUUGAGAUGAUAGUGAACUUUAUAGAAUAGUAUACGUUUUGGGGGGUAAUUAUUGUAAGUAAACGCAUGAUUUCAAAGAUAUUUGUAAUUAAAAAGUCCGAGGCCGCAA